CUUUUGUUUUCGUUUGCGUCUGGUCUCGUCUGGUUGUCUGCUUGGACAAUUCGGCGACUACAGUAUAGAAACCGUGCUGUGCAGUGUUAUUCCAAAUAGCAAGCAAAGAUGAAAGUCACCCUGGCAAUAGCGACUUUCUGCGUGGUGCUGGCCUGCAGCCAUGCGGCCAGAACCACCACGACCACAGCGACCAAGCCGGGUCGCUUCCUCUCACUGCCCGUGCCCGCCAAGUGCGCUAGCCGUCCCAAGGAGUUCUCCUACCGCGGCAAAAACAUGUUCCUAACCACCCACGUGCCCGCGCUGGCCAACAAGAAGGUCGAUUGGUUGGAUGGCCGCAAUCUGUGCCGCGAGUACUGCAUGGAUCUGGUCGCCCUGGAGACCCAGGAGAAGAACAACCUGAUCUUCCGCGUGAUCCAGCAGAACGAUGUGCCGUACAUCUGGACGGCCGGACGUAUCUGUGACUUUGCUGGCUGCGAGAACCGUCCGGAUCUGGAGCCCAAAACCGUCUAUGGAUGGUUCUGGUCCGCAACCCGCGAGAAGAUCCAGGCCACCAACCGCAUCCCACAGGGCUGGGGCUACAACCCUUGGUCGCAGACUGGCCACAAGAAGCGCCCGCAGCCGGACAACGCCGAGUACGACAUCAACCAGACCAAGGAGCAGUGCCUGUCCGUGCUGAACAACGUGUACAACGAUGGCAUCGCCUGGCACGACGUCGCCUGCUACCACGAGAAGCCCGUCAUCUGCGAGGACAACGAGGAGCUGCUGCGCUAUGUGGCGGCCACGAAUCCCGGAAUCCGUCUAUAGGGCGGCUCGCUGGGCGUUCGCUGUUUGCCUAAUUUUAAAGCUACUUAUUAUAAUAUUCCUUAAACGAGUUUUUGUAUAAUUUUUGUUUGUAUGUGUACGACGAAAACGGAAGAAAGCAAGACAAAUAGACUUUAGAAUUUACAAUUUCCGAUCCUACAAACACCACCACCCACCUACCACCUCCAAAAUACUGCUGUCAUCCACACCUUAGCACCCAGCACUUAGUCUCACUUUCCCUUUCUCCUACCUUCGAAACUGCCAAUUUUACGCGUAGAAUUCCAUUCCGUUGUAAACAAUUGAGUCGUUUUCAGAUCGCACCUUAAAUAUUUAUAGACAAUCCUAAAUUGCAAGUGUUUCUCUCUGACCCUCUGUCUGUCAUUCAAGCAAGAAAUUCGGAAUCUCUUUAGUAUUUUGUUUGAGACACUCAUGUUUUGUCCACAAAGAGAUUGAAUAAAAUUUUGUAAAGAUCCCAUAAAAAAACUUGAA